GGCAGAGCCGUCUGAUGAUCAGGCCGGUGGCCAUUCAAUACGACGAAAGCCUCAUAUUUUGCUUUCUUUCAACGUGUCGCUUCUGGCUGUCGAACUUGAAUUGUGUUAUGCGGCUAGCGCAUUUUUGUUAGGCGGUAUUUUGCGGUUACUUAUAGAAAUAACACGCCACGAUUUUUUACGCCAACUGAAGAACCUGGACGAAGGCAUAAGAUUCCCGUAUGACGAGGAGUACUUAAAGCUUUCACAUCAAACUCGAUCAUCAUGGCAACAUCCGGCUCAUCUGCGCAAAGAACAACGGGAGUGAGCGACCAGCUUCCCUUCACUCACCCGGACAGCAGUGAGGGCCACGCGACAAACACCAACGCUGCGGACGAGCCGUCCGUUGUUCCGCCGGAAGUAGGAGUCGACAGCGACCUGGAACAAGCAGAACAACGGGAGCUCGAUCCUGCCGUAUUUUCUAGCCGAAGCGCUGCUGCAUUUCUCCCGACCCUGUUGCAGCACGACCAACCGGAAGGAAAAUUAGAGGGUGUACCACGAGAGAAAGAAUCCUCCAAGCUCGUCCAAGCGUCGUCCGCGAUGGGCCGUAGGCUGUUGGAGCAGGACGAGAAUCCGGCAAGAAGCAGUCCCUUCGCUUAUUUUCCCACCAGUAGUGCUACUUCUACGUCUACCCAAGUACAACAACACCACUCCCGUGCUGUCACCAGCCUGCAGCAAAGCGGUGGGGAUCAGGAGGAUGAGAUAUCAGUACCCCGCCUAGAAGUCGGUGAACAACAGGACAACUCUGGUGCUCCGUUGGUGCAGCUAUGCAUUGCAAAAGUAACGUACUAGUAGUAAUUGCAUUUAUGCAUUACAAAUCUCUUUCUCAAGGUAAAACAGCAUUACGAAUUUGAUUUGUAAUGCUGGACUAAUUUGUGAUGCAAUUUAUACGUAGUACGAUGCUUUUGCGUUGCAUAGCAGCAGGACCCUGACGGUAGUUACAGCUCACCGGCGCCGAAAGACGGGCGGAAAGACGGUGAAGAGUCGUCUUCUUCUCACGACCAGUCAAUGCCCUGGUCGGCGUUUGUCGGGUCGGACGGCAAGCCUCUGUUUGGUCGUGAUACGGCCGGUGACGAAGACCACGCUGCUGGACGAACUAGCUCUUCGUCGCCGAUCGGAAACUACGACCAGUACGUUCACACGCAGAAGCGGUACAACAAUCAUUUUUGCGGUGGGAGCGGGGAGCGGGUGGAACCGCGAUCUGGAUCACAGUCGCCGUCGCAGUACACGUUAUCAAAUGCAAAUAUGUCACCUGGGUCUGGAAAUAUUGUGAUGCUGUUUUUGCACGACACGAGAAGUUUGCGAUGGACGCUUUACUAGCAUCACAAGUUUAGUAGAGAAGAGUCCCAAUGCCUAAUCCGCAUUACAAAUUCCCGUUCUCGGAGACAGAAAAUGAGGCAGCUUUUGCUGCCUAUGCAUGAGAGAUUUGUGUGUGUUGUGAAAUGCGCAUGAUCGAUCACAAGUUUGCAAUCUUCAAGAGGGUCGUCCAGGAGACAUAUUUGCAAUGCAUAUCCGUACUACUCCGGUGAUUCCCAACUUGCACCACGACAGGCAGCAGCAACUGCGGGAGCGGAAGAUGCGGGGCAGUCCGUGGCCUUCGAAAAUUACGAUGUAGGACAUGAUAUCAAAUGCAAAAAUGUCUGGGUCUGGAAGAUUCCAAGAAACCUGUAAUGCUGUUUCUGGAUUCUGAAAAAAUUCGUGUUGCAUGACCAGCAAGAGGACUCCAGUUUGUGCUACGCGGCGAGGGCAUUUCUCAUGCGGCAGAGGCAUCACAAAGCGCUCUAAAGAUCCGUGAUGCUACGGCAUGCAUCACAGACAUCAUCGGUCAUGGAAAAUAUGCAUGACAAGUCUAGAAACCUCCCAGACCCAAACAUUUUUGCAUUUGAUACAUGACGCCGGGGACGACGACAACACCCCCAGCAGCACCUGCACAGCGCUCCACCUCCCGGACUACUGGACCUCGACUUACACCUAUCAAAUGCAAAAGUGUCUGGGUCUGGAAGAGUGCAGGAGUUUGUCAUGCAAAUUUUGCAUGACCCAUGAGGUCUGUCGUGAUGCAUGCUGUAGCAUGAGAGAUUCAGCGAGGGCUUUCUGAUGCUCAUACCGCAUGAGAAAAGCCCUCUCCGCGUAGCAAAAAUUGCACCUCUGUUGCUGUUCAUGCAAUACAAAUCUUUCAUAGAAUCCACAAGUGGCAACCUUCCAGACCCAGACAUUUUUGCAAUCCAGAACACCAUCGACACGACAAAAUUCGAACACGUCCGCUGGGAGAUCUUCGCCGCGUUUGAAUAUGCUCUGCAAAAGUAUCGCACUCAUACUAAUUGCGUUUCUGCAUUACAAAUCUUUUUAUUAAGGGAAAUCCGCAUGACAAAUUCCAUUUCUCAUGCUAAGGAAACUUGUAUUGCAAGUUGUACUAGCUCUAGCACGAUGCUUUUGCAUUGCAUAUUGAAAAGCACAUGCUGAAAUUCUGGUUUCUCAUGCUGAAGCCGGACGUGAGGAACGCGAAAAAGUGGUCGGACCGGUACAUCCCGACAUCGGACAUGAUCACGCAAAUCGUCAAGCACCACGUGGUAUGAACUGCAAAAGUAUCGUACUCGUAGUAAUUGCACUCAUGCAAGACAAAUUUCAUUUUUGAGCUAAAUCAGCAUGACAAGUUCCGUUUGUCAUGCUGAGGAAAUUUGUGAUGCGUUUAUACGAGUACGGUACUUUUGCAAUUCAUAAGUCGAAGAAUUUUUCGCCCCGACCGCGGAAUUCGGUAUCAUGUUGCAGGAACAGACCUUGGCGUUUUUGCAAGAGGGUAAGGAGGAGCUGUUUCGCCAAGAGCCGAUGGGAAAGUCGAUUUUUCCGAAAUCAAUCAUCGGCAAACUGCUGCGAGUCCAGUUGGAACGGGUUUGGAAGGACAAGAACUACGAUUUUUUCGCGCAGAAGCUGUUCAACAAUGUGAAUCUUUUUUGCGACAGCGAAUUCGACUUCGAGGGCAACUUCUUCGGGGACGGUUUGUCAGGCGGAGUAGAGGACCGGAAAAACAGCACGACCACGACCUCUCUGACUUAUGGAGUGCAAAAGUAUCGUACUCGUAUAAAUGCAUGACAAGUUUCCUCAGCAUGACAAAUAAAAUUUGUAAUGUGGAGUUACCUUGAGAACAGAAUUUGUAAUGCAUGACUGCGAUUAGUGCGAGUACGAUACUUUUGCAAUGCAUAUGACCUCCGUCCCUGCGACGUUUCAGGAGGAGUGCGUCGGCCACACCUUCCGGAGCUCGUGUCUGCAUAUCGUGGCGAAAAUUUUUUUGCAGCAGGCAACACCGUCAAUUUGUCAUGGUCUUCUUCAUGCUUGGAAUGCAUAAGCUUUGAACUACUGUGUCUAUUGGUAUUGUAUCUGAUUUUGCAUGACAAACUGACAGUGAUGCCGGUUCUUUCCUGGUCGAUACUGCUGUGGCUGAAACGAGAGGCGUGGCGGGUCGUGAAACAGCAGCAUUUAUCAAUCGCAAAAGUACAACUACCGCUUGUAGUUCCGAUAAAUUUUCAAUUGCAGUACUUUUGCAUGACAGACUUCUUCUCUAUACCAAAAUCUGCAUGACAAAUAGUCUAUUCUGACUUUCGAAAAACUUUCUGAUGCAAACGAUGAUACUUAGCAUCCGAUAGUUGUACUUGUGCAAUGCAUAGCGAAGGCUGCGAUACGGAGUUACCGAGAAGAAAUUCUACCGUAAUGACAGCUGCGGGUCAACUGGAGGGGUGAAGAAAAGGAGGGUGGGGUGGUGAACCACCGCCGAAAUCGAGAUGACCUUUUACGGCAAAAUGAACAGAAAACAUCGCACAAGAAAAACUUCCAUCAACAGCGAAGACAUUUUUUUCCACCGCGCCGGGGAGCAGAACAAAGCUUCUGUACUUCCGUCUCAUCGUCAACCCACUACAUCAGCAGCAGUGCAUCGGGAAGAGAAACAAAGAGUCACCACAUCAACAGCUGAAGCGAAAAAAACGACAAAAUUAUUCCCGUAUCAGACUUUUUCUCCCUUGUUCAACAUUAUGCAAGACGGGGGAGGACCACAAAACCAGAACUACGAAAGUUGAAAAGUAAAUGAAUAGCGUUAGCGAUCGACCACCACUAGAAUUUGCUCAGUUGACAGAAGUAGUCGUAGUGCAAGUAGCUUUAUACUACAUCUAAAAAUGAAACUGUAAAUGCAAGAACCGGUUUUCAAAUCAAACGACACAUUUUCUUUGAUCCGAUAAUUCGUGCGGUUUCAUGAAUGGACACAUAUUCAUCGUCACCCCAUCACAGUUAAACUGCAAAACGUACGUAAAAUUGUCAUGCGCAUUUCAAUUUGUCCUCACAAACGCAAGGCUUCUCACCUUGGAACACAAAAAGUUACCCUGGUAUUUACAACUUAGCACCAGCUGCAAAGGCAGCCAUAGAAGGUCGACGACUGCUUUACUGAUACUUUUGUACACAGUAUCCAAAAUGGCUUUUGCUGCGACGUAGAAGAACUACAUUCACAGCGGCGAAAUUGUCAUGCGGUUUCGAAACAGAAACGGUGCCACAAAUAAAUAUGAAGAUGACCCUGUACAUUAUAGAUUGUAACGUUUGAAAGAAUUCGCGAAAAAACAAAUCCAAUGAACCAGGGAGUAAAAGAAGGCAAAGCUGUGCCGUUGUGGUGGAAUGUGAC